AUGGUGGGGGAAAGGGAUCUCAUUGGAAGCUCUGACUCCGACUUCAAGACUCACCCCUUCGACCCGUGCAACCUGUGCCUCAAGAGCCGGGCUAGGAUGAGAUUUAGAGACAAGGAUUUGCCUGAGAAUGUACAAACUGGCAAGACCGUUGCUACCAUCCUCUCUCCCAGCUGCUGCGGCGGUAGUGACCCUUUGCUGACAUUGUCUGCCUACCUCAAUUGCUUAACCAGGCUGACGCCGAGUACCACCGGGGAGCUGGUCUCGUUCUUUCACGAUUUUGGCAUAGAGUUGCACGGUUAUGCUUUGAAGUCGUUGUCUCCACUGGGCAUCUCUCUUUCCACUUCACAUCCCAACAGUCCCGAAUGGGACCGUCUUGAUGGCACAGGCCUAGAUACUGUCUGUGGCAUCCGUGGUUCCGAGUCUCUCAACGCAACGCAUGACCAUCUGAAGAGUCUACCUAAACAAUUUGGAGACAACUUGGGUCAUUUACAUCGCCAUCCACAAUUGUUGCCAACUAUCUAUCAUUCGCAUGCCCUCAACCCCUCGUCUUUGACUACACGAUUUUUCACUUCUUGA